CCGAGUAGCCCUUUGCCCUUUUCUGACCCCUCCACCCCAGCGUGGAGCACCGCUUAUCCGGGAGAGGGGCUGGACACGAACUGACUGACCUUUCACUGAUCUCCUACCAUGAAAGCUAUGGAGGACCAGGUUGUUCAGGAAGAACAAGGAUACCAGGAUGAUGAGGAAUCAUUGUUUCAAGACAUUGACCUGUUACAAAAGCAUGGCAUCAAUGUGGCUGAUAUCAAGAAAAUGAAGUCAGCGGGCAUCUGCACAGUCAAAGGAAUCCAGAUGACCACCAGAAGGGCGCUGUGCAACAUCAAAGGCCUCUCUGAAGCCAAAGUGGACAAGAUUAAAGAGGCAGCCAACAAGCUCAUCGAGCCGGGAUUCCUGACCGCCUUUGAGUACAGUGAGAAGCGGAAGAUGGUUUUCCACAUCACCACUGGAAGCCAGGACUUUGAUAAGCUGCUGGGUGGCGGAAUCGAAAGCAUGGCGAUUACGGAAGCUUUCGGGGAAUUUCGAACAGGAAAAACCCAGCUUUCUCACACCCUCUGUGUGACCGCUCAGCUUCCAGGAGCUGGAGGCUACCCAGGAGGAAAGGUGAUCUUCAUCGAUACGGAAAAUACUUUUCGUCCAGACCGUCUUCGAGACAUCGCUGACCGCUUUAACGUAGACCAUGAUGCCGUCCUAGACAACGUGCUCUAUGCCCGCGCUUAUACCAGCGAGCAUCAGAUGGAGUUGUUGGACUACGUGGCUGCCAAGUUCCACGAGGAGGCCGGCAUCUUCAAGCUUCUGAUCAUUGAUUCCGUCAUGGCGCUCUUCCGUGUGGAUUUCAGUGGCCGGGGCGAGUUAGCGGAGCGGCAGCAGAAAUUGGCCCAGAUGUUGUCUCGACUUCAGAAAAUAUCAGAAGAAUACAACGUGGCUGUGUUUGUGACCAAUCAGAUGACAGCUGAUCCCGGGGCGACUAUGACUUUUCAGGCAGACCCUAAAAAACCCAUUGGGGGUCACAUCCUGGCCCAUGCUUCAACAACAAGGAUCUGCUUGCGAAAGGGAAGAGGAGAGCUUCGCAUUGCCAAAAUUUAUGACAGCCCCGAGAUGCCUGAAAACGAAGCCACCUUCGCAAUAACAGCUGGGGGAAUCGGGGACGCCAAGGAGUAGGUGGAGAAUUGGUGCAGAUCGGGAUGGCGGAGCAGGCGCGAUCCAGCCUGAAGAAAGGGAAGAAAACCACACAUUCAGAGCGCGAAAUCAGGGUUUGUUUUUUCACAUGAUUCAGGGUGUUGACUAAUGAGAAGUGGGUAAAAGAGAUAAAAAUUAUUCCUUGCCUUCUAAGUACCUGGCUCCUCUCAGUUUGUCUUUUCAAAGUAUGCCCCCCAAUUUGCCCCGUUCUCAGAACAGACAUUGCAGAUGAACCCAAAGAGCUCCGCCCCCCACUGUGCCAUUCUCUCUCUCAGCCUUUGCUUGUACGUCCAGAGACAGGGAAGCUUUGUGUACCAAGGUCCAGAGGUUCACUGGGCCCAGGAGAAAACUGUAGGGAUUGAGAACAUCAGAGCGUCUGCGUGGCCUUAUUAUUAUUAGCAAGAAUAAACCAAGUCACUGUUUAGGGAUUGGCUUCUAGUCACUUUAAAUGGCUCUUAAAGGAGUCCAAGACACCCACCCCAGAAACUGCGGAGGAGGGUAGAGAGUUAAGGAUGAACCCUGCAGGGAUAGGGGAUCAGCAGCUGCUUUUUGGAGAAUUGUUUAGAAAAUGCCAACCUGUCAGAUUUUAAAAUUAACUAUAACGUUCCAGAAUGUCAGAUUUUAAAUGUUUAAAGGGUCAACAUUGUUUCUUCUGAGUAUUAAAUACAAAAUUUGU